AUGAAUUUGGAAAUAUUCCUUCUUAUUUUCUUAUUCGAAUUUGCAACUCCCUAUCAGAAAUUGUUACGUGAUCCUGUGACUUUUGAAAACUCUCAAAUUCAUCGAAAAAGCUCGGAAUCGCAAUACAAAUACCGUGAAGAAUAUGUGAAAGUUCCAAUUGAUCAUUUCACUUACAGAACUGAUUUUGAAUUCAAUUUGAGAUAUUUAAUCAAUACUGACAGUUUCAAGAAAGGUGGACCAAUUCUGUUGUACACCGGAAAUGAGGGAAAAAUUGAAGACUUUGCAGAAAAUACGGUAGGUCUACAAUGUAAAAAAAAAUACUAUAAAUAUUUUCGAAGUUUAAAGUCAUACAGUUUUUAUAGGGAUUUAUGUUUGAUUUGGCUCCAGAAUUAAACGCGGCCGUAGUUUUUGUGGAGCAUCGUUUCUAUGGAAAAUCAAAACCGUUUGGUAAUGAGAUUUAUUCAACUAUUGAGAAUUUGGGAUAUUUAUCGACUUCACAAGCAUUGGCUGAUUUCGCCUUGACAGUUCAACACUUAAAAAAUGGGGUGAGUGAAAAUAGUUUCGGGAAUGAUUAAAGGGGGGUAAGACGACAAAAUUGUUUUGUCGCAAAGUUAAAGGCUCCCCAAAAGUAGUAAAACCUCCAAGGGAUUUUUUUCUGGAAACGCUCAGAAAAAAUGUUCCAUAAACUAGGUACCACGUAUAGAUACGUUGAAAUUAUUCCAUAAACUUUCGGACAACGUAUAGCUACGUUGAAAAAAGUUCAUGGAAUAUUUUUUUCGGACCUUUUUUGGCCUUUCGGGAAAAAAUCCCCUGCGGCUUUUACUAUUCGAAGGGAGCCCGAUUCGUUGAGCAAAUAAAAUUUUGUCGUCUUACCCCCCUUUAAGUUGACUCAAAAAGAUGAUUUUAAAGAGAUAAUCAUGAUAUGUAUGGAAAAUACUUUUAUUUCUAGAAAACAAUUCCGGGCGCUGAUAAAAAUACACCUGUCAUAGCUUUCGGUGGAUCUUUGGGUGGAAUGUUAGCUGCAUGGUUCCGUAUCAAAUAUCCACAUAUUGUUGAUGGAGCAAUCGCAUCAUCGGCUCCAGUUGUAGUUUAUCCAGAUUCGAACGCAACUGAAUCUGCCAUGAUUGAAACCAGGGCUUUUGUUGAUUCUGGUUGCAAUAGAAAAGCGAUUGAGAGAAGUUGGAAAAUAUUGGACAAACUAGCAAAAACAAAAGCUGGGAGAACAAAACUCAACAAGAUUUUCAGAUUGGAUCCUAAAAAAUCUUUGCUCUUGAAAGAAAAAGAUGUAGAAGCUUUGAAAGGGUUCAUUGACGGAACGAUGUUUUCGAUGAGUAUGGUAAAUUAUCCAUAUCCUAAUUCGUUUUUAUCAAAACUUCCUGGUUGGCCGCUCAAACAAGUCUGCAAAAAAAUAAGGAAAAUUGAACCAAGUGAUGAGAAAACUAUGGAACAACUAUAUAGUGUAAGCGGCACGUGUCGAAGAAAGUGAAACUUUGACGCAUUUCUAUUUUCUCAGAUCGUCAAUCUAUACCACAACUACACUGGAGAUAAAGCUCAUUUUUGCGUGAACAGUGAAAAUUGUGGAGGUUCCUCUGAAGAUGAUUUAGGUUGGCCAUUCCAGGCUUGCACCGAAGUUAUAUUACCAAUGUGUUCGAAAGGUCCUCCAAAUGACUUUUUCUGGAAAACGUGUCCAGUUUCUAUGAAGAAAAGAUUUGAAGGGUGUAAUUCCACGUAAGUUUCUAGCUCAUUUCAAUCUUCAAUUUCAAUUUGACCAGAUUUGGUUCAAUUGGCUACACAAAAAGAAUGCUCCGCCCAAACUCGCUUGCUCUAAAUUAUGGCUCUUCAAAAUUCUCAACAGCAACUAAUAUCAUUUUUUCGAAUGGUUAUUUAGAUCCUUGGUCAGCUUAUGGAUAUUCGAAGAAAAAUGUGUUGAAAGGGCCGAUAAAAUCAAUAAUUUUGAAAACUGGAGCACAUCAUUAUGAUUUGAGAGGAGCAGAUAAAUUGGACACUAAAGAAGUGAAACAAGUUCGGAUUUUUGAGAAAAAUGAGAUUAAGAAAUGGAUCAAGGAGAAAAAGAUGAAGAAGAAUUGA